AUGGAUGACUGCCCAAAGUCUGACCAUGGCAUUGAGUCCCUCGCCAGCAAUGGCGCCUCCCACCACGCUCGCCCAGACGCGGCGCCCCAGGGGACCUCGCUCCAAGCCUCGCCCUCGCCCUCGCCCUCGCCCGCCGUUGGCUCGACAUUGCCCUUGACCUCAGCCUCGCCCCAUGCCGCCAGACUGCUCCCGUCUCCCAUCCCCCCUCCCUCGUCGUCGUCGACGCUGCACUCGCACCCGCACCCGCACCCGCGCCCCCAGUCCAGAGUCAGCGCCGUGUCGGCCUUCUCCAAGGACACGACGACGCCCGACAGCGCCACGGUCCGCAAGAGCCAGUCGCACUCCAUCUCCAGCACGCCGCGCACCCUGGCGUCCUCCAACCGCAGCCUGACGGCCAGCGCCGACAACCGGGAGAGGCAGCGCGCCGUCCGCUCUCUCCCUCCCUGGGUCCAGUCUCCCGACGACGACGACGACGAUGCCGACGCCACCUCGUUCCUCCUGCCCCGGACCCCCACCACGGUCCGCCAUGCCAACCACAACUUUUGCCCCACGCCAAAGUCCAAUGUCCCCGGCCGCAAGUUCGACCACGUCCGCGAGGGCGCGCCCGUCACGCUCGCCACGCCCGUCAGCGACACGGCCCCCAAGUGGAAGCACUUCACCCACGCCUCCAAUCUCGACCGCCCCAUUUCGUCGCGCGGCCAGAUUGUCGACGACGACUGGCUCAAGGAGAACAUGCCCGACCUCGAGCAGAAAUGGGAGCCCAUUGGCGAGCGCCGCGUCGAGGAGCCCAUCAAGGGCUUCUGGCUCUUGAAUUCGGAGAAGCGCAAGCGCAAGCUCAUGCGUUUCCACAACACAAUCAUGAACCACCCCAUGGUCCCGGCCUUGGUCCGUGCCAUUGUUCUCAUCUUCUCCAUCCUCGCCCUCUCCCUCGCCAGCUCCAUCUACCGCCAUUCCGAUAACAACGGCUGCAGAAACAACUCGUCGACGUGGAUGGCCAUAUUCGUCGACAUUGUCGCCAUCUUGUACACAAUCUACAUCACCUAUGACGAGUACACGUCAAAACCCCUUGGCUUGCGCUCUCACAAUGCCAAGAUGUCCCUGAUCUUCCUCGAUCUAGCCUUCAUCGUCUUCGAGUCAGCCAACCUUAGUCUAGCGUUUCAGGCUCUGACAGAUGACAAGUGGGCAUGCGUCGAAUCCGACAGAUCAAACACCUGUCCCUACAGACAGAGCAUUUGUGAGCGCCAAAAGGGUUUGACGGCCACGCUGUUCAUUGCCCUCCUCGCAUGGAUAGCCACCUUUGCCAUCAGUACUCUGAGGUAUCUAGCGCCCCCUUCCCCCCCUGCAUAA